AGUUUUGUAACCAAAAGCAAUACAGAUUCUGGAAGUAGACACUUCAGGCUAUCUUUCCAUGUGUGUAUCUCAAAACCGAUUUUUUGACCGAAAAUCACCAUUUCUGAGGGGGGGGAGGCCCUUAAAUGAGCCACUAAGGACGAUUAAUAUGUUGGUGACUUUCAUUGUUUAAAAAUACCCUUUUUAUUCUGAUUUAUUUUUAUCAGUGAUAGUCAGACAGAGAUGAGGAAUAAUAUAUUAUUUGGAUUAUUAUCAAAUCUCUUUAAUUAUCCUAUACUAAGGUAAAAAAUAAGUAGUUAUAGUACGUGGAGAAGUCUUAGAAAGUCUUAGCUUAUCAUUCAGUAAUGUCAUCAUAGAAGAUAGAAACGGCAAAAGGAAAGAAAGGGAGAAAAACAAAUACGAACUGGCAUGAAGAAUGAUUUUCUGCUUUGAUUAGAAUAGUGUAAUCGUAUAAUUUUUUUUUUUUUUUGUUAGCCUCGCUCAAUUUCUCCUGCUUUGACCCGAUAUUGAAUAAAGUCACCGAUGCAUGGCUAAAAUAAAAUGUUAACCAGAGUUUGCCACCCUAUUUGAUAUUAAAAACAAAUAGUAUUUUUUGUGGAUAGUGUUUUUUCUCAAGAAAAAUCUAAGUGAAUUAUUUCUGCAACAAGUUUUAUUACAUAGAAGUUAAUUUACUCUAAAUGAGUACGCACUUCUUAAAAGUAAACAAAUCUCAUUACUAACCGUUCAUAUACCAAAUUGAUUGAAAAAUAUGAAUGAUUCAUUUAUAGUUAGAUUAUUCAUGAAUUUAUUUAAUUUUAAAAAUUAAUGAAAAGAAGCACACACAUUCUUUCACAAAUAUUAAACAAUUUUGUCUCAUUCAUCAAUUUUGCUUUCACUAUGCUACUAGCAUGAAUAGUAGGAGUGUGCUAAUUGAGUUUUAUUUUUCAUGUUGUCAUAUGAACAAAACAAAAAUUGAUAAAAAUACUGAUACCAACCUGCUUGAAUUAUUUUUAAAAUUUAUUCAUCCUUUGUAUAUUUUGUGUAUGUUGCUUUUUAUUUUGCAUUUAUUUUAUUUUUCUUCUUCUAAACCUCCUAGACGUGUACCGAGAAGAAAGAGUACAUUUGAACGAAUAAAUCGGAGAAAUUCAUCAGCUGACUAUGAAUCAAUACCAUUAACAUUCCAAUUUCCACAACACGAUCAAUAUCAAAAUCAGAAUUCUCCAUUAUCAAAUCGAAUGUUCAAUAAUAAUGGUUUUUCAUUUCUAAUGUCACCUACAUCAUCGACAUUGGAUGAUGAUAAUCAUCAUCAACAAAAACAUCAAUCUUCAAUAUUAAUUAAUUCAAUACUAACAGAUUCCAAACAUCAACAGGAGAAUGAAGAUGAUGAUGAGGAAGAUUAUACAGUGUCAUUAGAUGAAGAUCCUAAUUCUAAUUCCAUUGAACGAAAAGGAAGAGUGAAGAGUGUAGCGUGUGAUCGACAUAGUAUGAGACGGAGUACCUCGCACAACAUUCACAUGAAUGAUGGAAUAUUAAAACAAAACAAUUUACUUAUCAACGAUGCAACUACUAAUAAUGAUAAAAACAAAGAACAAGAGGUACCAAAAUUAUCUGACUCGGCUAUUCGUCGUAUGCAAAAUCGUUGGGAAACUGAGACACAACAGCGUGAAGUUGCUGCAGCUAAAGCACAAGUACCAAAAUCUCAAUCAUCAACAGCAGCCGGGCGUCCGAGAGAUCGAUGGGGAACGACAGAAAUGGGAGCUCAACAACAAUCAUCAAGUGUUUUUCAAUCGCCUGAUUUAGAUAAUGUAAAUGAGCAACGAUCUAAUAUUCUUAAACACUCCACAUCGGUUGAAAGUCAUGCUGUUCCUUCGAAUUCAUCCAGUCGUUUUUCACGACCAUCAGCCAUCGUCGACACUGUGAAUGGUACAACAUCUCCUGUAUCCACAACAAUUUUAUCACCUUCAAUUUCACAAAGCCAAUUGAUGAGUUCACGAGGAUCAGAUGCAAAACUAUUGCCUGCUCAGCAACGUAUCACAGUCGGUUCACAACCAACCACCGCAAACUCUCGGCCUCCAUUACCAACUCAAAAGAGUGGCGGUGCUAUUGAAACAUUAAUUCGACAAACCGGUGCUCCCAAUAUAUCUGAUUCAAUGAAUAGUAACAAUGUACUAAUGAAAGAACCAAAAAUUAUUUCUUCAUCAGACUGCAUUGGUGCCAUAACGAGAGCAAAAGAAAGUCUUCAAGCAGCCAGUACAAAACAAGCGACUACAUCGUUAACUGGUAUCGGUUUAUCAGCACAAUUUCCAAAUGACUUAGUCAAUAAGCCACGCUCAGAAAACGAUUUACAAUGGGAAUAUAUUGUUGGAAAAGUGUUAAAUAGAAAAUUGGUUGUUCAAGAUCUUGAUUUUGAAGAACUAGAUGAAAAAGAUGAUAUUAACUGUAUGACGAUUGGACCAAAAUUUCCCGGACCUCCCAUGCCACCACCAAUGUUUAACGGAAUGCCGAAUAGUUUGCCACCACCUCCUCCACCCAUGAUGAACGGUCCACCUCCGCCACCACCACCACCACCACCACCAUCCACAUUAUCUGGAUUUAAUUCAGCUCUACUUGUUAAUAGCAUCCCAUCUCCUGCAUCAUCUGUACAGCAACAAUCAAAAUCUAUAAAAACAGUCCGUUUACAUUGGAAAGAUGCAGCAAAUCCAUCGAACAAUAUGAUGCCAUCAUCUCCGUCCGAUUCACUAUGGUCAUCAUUACAAAAAGUAAAAUUAGAUACAGAAAAGAUAGCACAACUAUUUGAAUUAAAACAAAGCGAAGUUAAACUAAAGAAAACUGGUGAUGUCAAAAAAGAAAUUACUGUACUCGAUACAAAACGAUCAAAUGCAAUUAAUAUUGGUUUAACCGUACUACCACCAGCAAGAACAAUUAAAGCAGCUAUUUUAAAAAUGGACAAUAGUGUUAUUAAUAAAGAAGGAAUUGAAAAAUUAUUGACAAUGUUACCAACUGAAGAAGAGAAAACUCGUAUUAUGGAAGCACAAGUAGCCAAUGUCGAUAUUCCAUUAGGCAAUGCUGAACAGUUUUUAUUAACAUUAGCAUCUGUAGCUGAAUUAGAAGCAAGAUUAAAAUUAUGGUUGUUCAAACUUGAUUAUGACAAUGUUGAAUUGGAAAUUGCUGAACCAUUAAUGGACUUGAAAAAUGGUAUGAAAAAUCUAAGAGAUAAUGGAACAUUUCGACGAAUAUUAGAGGUGUUACUUGGCAUUGGAAAUUACUUAAAUGGUGUUGAGUCUCCUGGUUUUCAAAUUGAUUAUUUAGCAAAAGUUCCUGAAGUCAAAGAUACAAUCAAUAAACAUUCAUUAUUAUAUCAUGUUUGCAAUAUUGUUGUAGAUAAAUUUCCGGAAACAACAGAUUUAUAUUCUGAAAUUGGUGAAUUAACACGAUGUUCAAAGAUUGAUUUUGAUGAAUUAGAUCAAAAAUUAAAUAAAGUCGAAAAUGAUUGUCGAGCAUCGUUUGAUUGUUUAAAAUCAAUAAGUAAACAUGAAACACCACAAAUAAAAACUAAAAUUGAUGUUAAACUAUAUGGAAUAUUCCAUUUUAUGACAUUAUCCGAAUUUUUAAGCGAUUGUGCUGAACGUGUUUGUUUACUACGUUUAAUUCAUCGUCGUGUUAUUAAUCGUUUUCAAAAAUUUUUAUUAUGGUUAGGAUAUCCACGAAGUGUUAUUCAAGAGACAAAAAUUACACAGUUUUGUAAAAUAUUAAGUGAAUUUGCUUUGGAAUAUCGUACAACACGUGAUAGAAUAAUGUUACAAAAACAAAAGAAACAAAAUCGUGGUGAAAGGAAUCGAACAAGAGGAAAACUAAUUACAGAAAUAUUUCCAGAAAAAAGCAAUAUGCUUCGACAUCAGAUUGAUACACGAACAGACGAUGAAUCAGAGUAUGGUCAUAGAAUAAACGAUAAUAAUAUAAACAAUAAUACGACAACAGCAAUAUCGAAAGACAUUGGACACAUUAACAGUAAUAAUAAUAAAGUAAAUACUGGCGCUGGUUCAAAACCACAACCAGCACCAUCGAGUUUAGCGGCUGCAUUUAGUUCGUCAAAAGGCGAACAAAUGAUGCCCGGUCAUCGAACAAGAGAAAAAAUGGGACUAAACAAUGCGAAAAAACCAACAGUUCAACCGUCGAUAAAACAAACAGCAGCAAAUGAAACAGAAGGUUUUGAUACUGGAGAUGAAUUACUCGAUGAUUUGGUUAAAAAUGCCACGUUAACUGCAUCAAAAGACGCCUUAAAACAAAGAAAAACUGCUCGUUAUGGACAGAGAAAAUCUCUUCGUCGAACAUUGCAUAUUGGCUUAAACGAAGAAGAACGUCAAGAUAUAAUAGAUAAAAGCAAAUAA